CAAGGGUGAUGGCCUUGUGAAGUUGUGUCUUCGGGCUGACGUGCCCCUUUCCCGAUGGCCACUGCUGGUCUCAUUUUUGCCAGAAAAUAUCAUCAUUGCAUAAGAGCUCUUACAUAAAAGGUCUUUUCCUAACCCAGGAGUCGACUACCGAGCGGUUGAGCCCAAAACUGUGAUCAAUGGCCAAUACAUCGACCAUCGGGCAGGCAGCAGUCAUUCCAGUCGCCGACGACCACCCCCUAGAGGUCGACUUCAUCCAUCACAACCUUCCAGAAUACCACACCUUUUACGGAAAUUCUGAAACCCGAUACGAUGAACAAACCCGCCGCUAUGUUGCCAAUGCCCCUAUCGCAGCCGACCUGCCCGCCAUUUGCCCCGACACGGCCCUCGAUGGGCCCAAGCCAUCAGCCGAGGAGGCAGCAAAAAACAUUCCUAACGUCAUGACAUAUUGGAACAUGAUUUUCCCUCUUCGCCAUGAAGAAACGUGGACCCAAGUCUAUGACAAGCUCAAGCUCGCUCGCGAUACCUAUACUGAGCCCUCGGGCAUCUCAGGGGGCCUUCAUCGCGCGUGGAGAUGGACGGCAGACAAUGCCGUCGAGCCUGCACGCUUGGCUACCAAAGUGGUUCCCCAGAUGGACAUCGUCACGCCCGUCCUUGGGGCCGUGCAGAUUGUUCUCGAGGCGGCGAAGAAAGGAGCUGAGGUCUGCAAUGAAACACUACGUGCGUUUGAUGACUUGGAGGAUGUCUUUGCGGAUGUUGAGAUAUUCUUGGCAACAUUCCAGCAGGAAGACUCCGUGAUAGAACAAGCCGUGACUCUCGUCGUCGCCGUACUUGAAGCGGUAGAGAAGGGGGUCAAAUUCUUCACGCGGCCAACAAUAAUCCGGGGACUCAAGUCAAUCUCAAAGGGCAAGGACUACGAGGCCUCCCUCCUCGAAAGCCUUGCCGUCAUUACAACCCGCAGCAAGACCCUGAUGGCUUGGGCCGUUAAGACGCAUAUACGAGACUUCGCACGGUAUUCCGGCGCAACGAGGCGGAUUCACCAACUAAUACUCAACAACCAAGAACAUAUUGCCGUCAGGGUGGACCUCGUUUAUACAAGGGUGGAUGAAGUGUCAAGCCAGAACCGGCUCAUCAUUACCCAAAAUGAACGGAGCAGGAACGUGCAGGAUGGUAUGAAUGCCACUCUCGCCCUCCUGAUGGACAAGCACGACGAAACCAAACGGGAACUUCAAUUCCUCCGAAGCCAGACUAGAGAACAACAGAACCUCCUUGCAGCGGGCCAGCGCGAAAUAUCCCGCCUCGGCGACAUCAUCGUCAGAAGUGUGUCGCCACUCCCAGACGGCUUGAUGCGUCACGGCCCAGAUCGACCACAACGGGCCCCCGAGCACCCUCCAGUCCCUCGUAGUCCAUAUCUCCAAGAGGUGCCGGGAGGUAUUUAUCAAGAGGAUCUGUGGGCGCUAUUACAGAUCCACUACGAUAUCGAGGACGCCGACAUCGACGACAUUGAGGAGAACCGAGAACAGCUCGCCGCCCACGACCGGGUCCGGGCCGAGCAGAUCGUCCACACCCAAAUGUUCCAAGAGUGGAUCGUGUCGCCAGAAUCAACAAAGCUCCUAAUCCACGGAAACGCCAGCCCGGUACGCGCCACAGAGACGUCAGCCUUGUCGCUAUUCUGCGCGACCCUGUCAAGGCCGUUUCGAUCCCGCCCGCGAUAUCUGUGCCUCAUCUGGUUCUGCGGCCGCCACCUAGGGGACGCGGGGAGCAGUGAUGAUGAGUUCGACAGCGACGACGACGACAGCACCAGCUCGGACGAGGACUACUACCACUGCUACCCCUAUGGUGACCAACUGCGCCAGGGGGCGGGCACAAAGACGGGCACCAUCAAGCGCAUGGUCCGGAGCCUGAUCGCCCAGCUGCUGAGCGACUACGACUUUGGGCUGUCGUACCCCAUGCUUCCCGACGUCGAUUUAGCAUCGGUCGAGGAGGGCGACCUGGCCGAGUUGAUGGCCUUGUUAGGCUGGCUGGUGCGGCAGCUGCCCGAGGAGGUGACGCUCGUCAUCCUGAUUGAUGGCCUCGCCUUUUAUGAGCGUGAAGAAUUUGAGGGGCCCAUGCUGGACGUGGUGGGCGACCUCGUGGGGCUCACGGCCGCGAGCGACGUGCUGGCUACUGUCAAGCUUCUUGACCAGUCCAUGGCCGACCGCCACUGUGCGCGCAGCGUUCGAGUCAGGAGAUUUGGAUGCCGACCGUGA